CCUGAGAUUUUAGGCAUGACCUCCGGUUGAAUGCGAAACGUUCAAAUUGAAACUAGAAAUUUUACAGUUAGCUACUAUGGCAGAAAACUUAUUCUUGGAAGACUAUAUCACCCUUGGUGUUUAUUUUUGCAUUGUUCUGGCUGUUGGGUUGUGGUCGACGUUCAGACCAAACAAAGGCAAUGCGAAGGGCUACUUUUUGGCGGGAAAAGACAUGCACUGGAUACCUAUUGGUGCCUCAAUAUAUGCUAGUAACAUAGGAGCCCCUAUGUUCAUUGGUUUGGCUGGUACAGCUGCAGGAUCUGGAAUAGCUGUCACUAUAUAUGAAUGGCAUGCGGUGUUUUUCCUGAUUUUACUGGGUUGGGUAUUUCUUCCCGUGUAUGUUGCAUGUGGGGCCUACACCAUACCUGAAUGGGUAAAGAAGCGAUUUGGAGGACGUCGACUGCGCAUGUACGUGUCCUUCCUUGCUCUACUUGGCUACAUCCUCUUUAAUGUCUCUGGUGAAAUCUAUACAGGAGCAAUUUUUCUACAACAAAUGCUGGAAUGGAAUAUCUAUUUGUGUGUCAGCAUAAUACUUGGAAUCACUGCUCUAUAUACCACAGUUGGUGGUCUGGCCUCUGUAAUCUACACAGAUACCUUGCAAACCGUGGUACUCAUCAUUGGUGCAACCAUACUCUUCUUCAUGUCUAUUAUAGAGGUAGGAGGAUACGAGGCCAUGGAAACAAAAUUUAUGAAUGCCAUAUCAAAUGAAACCAGAUACAAUCGCUCUCACUAUUCCUGUGGGGUGCCUCCAGCAGAUUCGCUCCAUAUUUUUAGAGAUGCUGUCACAGGGGACAUUCCCUGGCCUGGUGCUUUACUCGGCCUCUCUACCCUGGGUCUCUACACAUGGGACCAGGAUCAGAUAAUCGUUCAGCGAACACUAUCUGCUCGAAAUAUGGUACACGCAAAGGCAGGGGCGCUGCUUGGAGCGGCGCUAAAAUUAACGGGGUUCCUGAUGUUCGUAAUUCCUGGAAUGAACAGUCGGAUUCUCUACACAGAGGAGGUGGCAUGUUCGGAUCCAGAUAAAUGCAUGGCGUUCUGCAACAACAAAAGUGGAUGUACCAACAUUGCGUAUCCGCUCAUGGUUCUCCGCCUGCUUCCAAAAGGCCUCCGUGGUCUGAUGUUGGCUGCUUUGUUGGCUGCACUGAUGAGCUCCUUGACCUCCAUCUUGAAUAGCGCGAGCUCCAUCAUGACCCUGGACAUCUGGCACCAGUUCCGCAAAAAAGCUUCUCAGUCGGAGCUGAUGAUCGUGGGACGAGUUACUGUUCUUGUCCUUAUUGCCCUCAGUAUACUGUGGCUGCCCAUUCUACAGCAGACACAAGGUGGACGGUUCUGGUUCUAUAUGCAAUCCGUAAAGUCCUAUCUCAUCCCACCACUUUGUAUGAUGUUUCUUUUGGGGUUAUUUUGGAAGCGAACAACAGAACAGGGCGUGUUUUGGGGACUGAUGCUGAGUAUUGUGGUUGGAUUUGUACGCAUGGUUCUAGAUUUUACUUUUCUCGCACCUGCGUGUGGCAGUAACGAAGUGGACCCAAGACCAGAAAUCAUUUCCAAAGUGGAUUUUCUACAUUUUGCAACACUUUUGGCUUUGUUUUCAACCAUUGCUAUGGUGGUCAUAAGUUUGUUUACUCAACCACGCCCAGAAAAGAAGCUUCAUCGAUUAACAUGGUGGACAAAAGAUGAUGAAGAGGAACCGGAACUGACUGACGACGAGGAUGAAGAAGUCCAUAUCUCUGUCCAUGUAAAAGGAGAAGAUUCUAAAACCAUGCAGAUACAGGAGAGUGAUCCAGCAGCUGAGAACGAGGAAGGCGGUUUCCAACGACUUAAGACCAAGUGUAGAAACUGGGUGUGUGGAAUUGACGAGGAUGCAAAACAGAAUAUGACAGCACAGGAACUACAAGCACUGCGUAGAAAGAUGACGUCAUUAGAGGAAGACUCGAAAUUGAAGACCAUUCUAAAUGCAUCUGCUAUAUCUAUCAGUCUCGUGACGGUUUUCUUACUAGGCUACUUUCAUUAGUAUUUAUUGACAAGAAGCGGAAUUUCUUUUGGAAUCUAAUGAUACGAAAACUUUAAAUAUUUCAAAAGUAUUUUUGUGCAGUAUCAAUUUCAAUUAAAUUGACUGGAGAACUAGAAGUGUAUAGAAAUUGGACAGAUAUAUUUUUCUCUACGUCGAAAAUGUGUUGACUUAUUUUUAUAUACUAGUAUGUACUGUACAUAUGCAUAUUGAUCAUUUUCAUACUUUAAUGAAUAAAUAUACAUAUACAUAACUAAAUCAAGAACUAAUAAAGUGAUGAUUGUUGUUGUACAUAGUAU